AUGACAGCCAAAGGAGAGCCAUUGCCAUAUGAGAUUCUUCUGAAUUUCUUAUGGAUUUUGAAUCUUUUGAUAGGCCUGAAAAGAAACAAAAAAAAAAAAAACCUCAAGAUAGAAGAGGUGAGGAAUCGUGAGAGCUUCAAGCGCAAAAAGAGGAAGAAGAAAAAGAAGCGCAGAGCAGAGACGGUCGGAGUUUUCAACAAGAAGAUCGAAACCAAGGUAUGGAGAUCAGGAAUCAAGGGAGAGGUCAUAGACGCCCGGUACCCGCUCGUCAUCGAGAUCAUUGAUCAUCUUCGUUCGUUGUCGUCAUGUAGAGAGAAAGAGAAACGAGAAGGGGUUUUUUUUUUUCUUGGACCGGUUCCCGGACUGCCCGAGAUUCAUGAAGAACGAAGUCGGACGGUCAUGGCCGAUAAGCCAGACAAGAGUAAAAAACGGGGGUGGUAA